AUGGAGGCAACUAAUCUUCAAAUCUAUUGGCAUGAGUCCCAGCCAAUCUACAGUCUUUCGUUUCAAAGUUCAGGAUCUCGAAACGAGCAACAGACAAGACUAGUCACUGCUGGUGGUGACAAUAAAAUUCGAGUUUGGCAUUUGAACUUCGAAGGUCAAGACAGGAGCAAAGUUGAUACCAUAGAUUUUUUGUCGUCACUGAAUCAACACGAACAAGCUGUCAAUGUCGUGAGAUUUAAUCCUCAGAAUGAUACUCUAGCGUCUGCAGGUGACGAUGGACAGCUUUUACUUUGGAGGAAGAACGACACCAUGUCGAAAGACUUUGGGGUCGAUGACGAUGAAUUUGCAGAUUUCAAAGAAUCAUGGUACGUCUGGAAGCGUUUGCGUUCCUCAUCAGCUGCGGGCUCUUCAGAAAUCUAUGAUCUGGCGUGGAGCCCUGAUGGCAAGUUCGUUGCAACAGGGUCGAUGGACAACAGCGUCAGAGUUUUCGAUGUUGCUGGUGAAUCAUGCGUUGCAAUUGCUGCAGACCACAAUCACUACGUACAAGGUAUCGUUUGGGACCCACAGAACGAAUUCAUAAUCUCACAGUCCGCAGACCGUUCGGUGCAUCUGCAUCGUAUAGUUUACGAUGGCAGCGGAACUGUAGCUGAUCUCAAGUUACUGAACCGAAUUAUCAGAGGAGAUGGGCCUUGUCGAAAAGCGGCUAACUCCACGGAAUUGGAUUACAGCAACAUAAAGUCGUCGUACCUAUUCCACAACGAAACACUACCUUCGUUCUUUCGUCGACUUGACAUAUCCCCGUGUGGUAAUCUUCUCUGUCUACCAGCCGGCAUCUUCAAAAACUGUGAUAGCACAUCAGAGAGCGGUAAUGGCAAUGAUGAGCUUGCCAACGCGGUUUACGUUUUUACACGGUCAUAUCUGAAGAGUAACAGUAACAAGCCAAUGCUGGUUUUGCCGUUUUUCAAAAAGCCUGCCCUGGUUGUCUCAUUCUGUCCUCAACUAUAUCAGCUCUCUGAGAACCCAACGCCCUACGUGCAGUUACCUUAUAAGUUGGUGUUUGCAAUUGCCACGUCUGACGAGGUUUUUAUCUAUGACACCGAGGCAACACAACCCAUUUGCAUCAUAGGAAACCUGCACUAUACACCGAUAACUGACUUAUCGUGGCACCGAGAUGGAACCAUGCUUAUGGUAUCGUCCACGGACGGUUUCUGCUCCUACAUUUCAGUUGCGAAGGGAAGCUUGGGAGCUGAAUACAUCAAGAGAGAGAACACUCCAAUUGCACCACCAACGACAGUGGAAGGACCAGUUGCGAAGGUGCUCUCUAUAGUAAACACGCUGCCGGUAAAGCGGAAGGCGGAGCAAGAUGCUACAACAGUGCAAGCCUCAAUACAGCCGUCAAACAAAGCGCUCGAUACAGGACCGAAAGAGAAUGCCUCCGUCACAGGAAGUGAAAACAAAACACAAGGCGGCGCGAAGUCGGUAAAAAGGAGGGUACAACCGACCUUGAUACUACAAAAUGAUAAAAAUUAG